AUGACCGGGGGGAAUCAAACCCCCACCCCCAGGGGCACUCCUGCCUCUGGGUCGUCCAUGCUGUCCCCUACUCUUCUUCCUGACGAGGCGGCACCUCCCGACUCCGGCUCCAGGGAGGCUGGCCGUCACAAGAAAAAGAGCAAGGAAAAGAGCAAGGAUGCGGUUUCUGGGCUACACGAAGAAUUGGAGGAAAAGCUUAGGUCUGUAGACCUGGAAGCGGAGGACGCUUUCAAGAAUGUAAUUGGGAUAUACACAAGCGCGCUGUAUGAGGGCAGAUAUUACAAAACAAGUACCUCGUUCCUUAAGAACGUCGGUCUGUACAUGGCGCAGCUGUACGCCUUCAAAUGCGAGGAGGUGGCAAACGAGCGGGCUCAGAGAAUUCAGCUGUUGCAAGAGCUUGCGGAGAACAAAGCGCAGAGGGAGAGGGAGAGAGAGAGGAACGCGGUCGGUAGUGUUGCUGGAGAGCAUGGACAUGCCGAUCAGACGAGCAACAGUGAAGGAAUGGAACCCACUGUCCGUCGGGGCACCGGCAAUAGGCCGGAGAGGGCAACACCAGGGCAUACUGCUGGGAUGGGACCUAACCCACCGAGCGCCGCGUCGGGGGAUCGGCAGAGAGGGAACCCGCAGCGAGGAGGUAGGGACGGAAGGCCAGUUCCCGUUGGUGAGGCGCAAAGGAGGGCGCCCGGACAACCCAGUCAGAGGAGGGCUGAGUCGAGGGCAGUGAAUCGCGAUGCGUCGCAGGGAGAGGAUGCUGGGUGGACACAAGUGGGUCGAAACAACCGGAGCAGACAGAGGAAGCGCUCAGGCGCUCCUCAGAGGGGCAGGCCUAAACAUCUGCUGGUCACCACCCUCACCAGCAGGCUUCAGGGAGUGCCAGAGGGGAGAAGAUGGCCGAACCUCAGCAACGAGGAUUAUGAUACCUGCCUCAAGAAGAUGCAAGAAGCGGCUCUCAUGGAGGAGGGAGCACAAUGGAGGAUCCUUGGGAUGUGGAGAACCUCUUUUGGGUUGGCCAUCGAGCUAGGUGAUCGCGAGACUCUCCAAGACAUUCUUAGGGCCCCACCACCAGGGAUGUCGGUAAGGGAGCUGGCCCAAAAGUCAUGCGAGCUCUCCAUCUCGGACAUUCCGCUAGCCCUUGCCAAUGAGCAAGGCUUGAGGAGGGAGAUCGUUAGGAGGAAUGGGAUUCCAGAGGAUGUCCCAUGGGAAAUUGUGAAAAUAUGCACGAAGAAAGAUGCACAAGGGGAGCCGAUCAGUGCCACGGCCAUAGUCAAAAUGGAAGAGGCGGUGGCCAAUAGGUUCUUAGGGAAGGGAGGUAGGAAGGACGCCCUGUACAUCGGGGCCACCAGGGUUGGGCAUCAACAGAGGGACUGCACACUGAGGAACCUGCCGGCAUCGCAGAGGACCUGUGGACACUGCAAAUGCAAAGGGCAUGGCUCUAUGGAGUACAUGAAAUGUGACGCGGGAAGAGCUAUUCGUGAGGCCGGCGUCCCGGCGAACGAGCUUGAGCAACCGGGCAGGGUACCAGUGAUAAAUGUCCGAGCCUGA